AUGACGAAAUGGAAUAGAGAUAUUCAAAAAUAUGAUAGGAAUCCUAACGUCAGGGUUUCCUUGAAGCAACUGAAAGAUUCACAGAAUAUCAGCAAAGAUUUUUUCCAGGAGUUAAUAGCACACCUCCAUUGCGAAAAAAACAAUUUUGUUUUGAGAUGUUAUGGCAUAACUCAGGACCCAGAAUCUAAUGAGUAUAUAAUGGUAACCGAUUAUGCAAAGAAAGGAGACUUGCGAACUUAUAUUAGAAAGCAAUUUCAUAAAAUAAAAUGGAAUGAAAAAUUGGCACUUCUACAAAAUGUUGCCUGUGGUCUCAAGGAAAUUCACAAGGAAGGAUGGGUUCAUCGCGAUUUGCACACUGGGAAUUUACUUCUUGAUCCCGCUUCUAUCAAUGAAACCAUUGUCAUCGGUGACCUGGGGAUGUGUAGGCCAGCCUGUCAAUCUAGUUCAUCAGUAUACGGCGUAAUUCCUUAUAUGGCUCCGGAACUAUUUAAAGGUCAGCCUUAUUCAAAAGAAAGUGAUAUCUUCAGUUUUGGAACAAUUUUAUGGGAGGUAUCUUCCGGACGUCUACCAUUUAGUGACAGACCACACGACAGAGACUUAAUAAAAGAAAUAGCGAAUGGCUUAAGACCUGAUGUAGUUGAUAAUACGCCCAAUCAGUAUGCAGAGUUAAUGUGGAGAUGUUGGGAUCCAAAUCCUAGUGAAAGGCCGAGUGCCAGUGAAAUUGAGAGUAUCUUGAUGGAUUUAAGACGUGAUACUGGUGCAGACUUGUAUCUGGAUAAAAGUUAUAUUAGUCAAGAUCAUUUAUCAAUGUCCGUCACUAGUGUUUUCCAGAAUGGUAGUACUUUGUCCCAAUUUACAUCUGACCUGGAAGAUAGAGUCAAGGAGGAAAGUCAAUUAAUAAGAAGUUUGCCUGUCAAUACUCAAGCGAUCUAUAGUAGUAGAAUAUUUCCAAAUUAA